AUGACCGGCCCAUCGAUUCAGGAUCGCACCGGCGAGUUCCACGCCAUCUUGGGACAAGCCCAGAAACGGGUCGCCACCACCAAGGUUGGAUCCCAGCGACAGGCGCUUCUAUCGGAUUCACAAAAGAGACAAGCCAAUGGGUCCGUGAACGGAGGCGCGCAACCCGGAAGGAGAUCCGAGUUUGCUAGGAGGGCUGUUGAGAUUGGACGGGGUAUCACUGCGACGACAGCCAAGUUGCAGAGGCUGGCUGAACUGGCCAAACGAAAGACCCUUUUCGAUGACAAGCCGGUCGAGAUCUCAGAAUUGACAUAUGUCAUUAAGCAAGAUCUCGCUUCCUUAAAUCAGCAGAUCGCCUCCUUGCAAGCGCUCACGCUCUCUCAACAUCCGAAAUCCAACCGGUCGAAAGCGGACCAGGAAGGAGAGCAUAAUGAUAAUGUCGUGGUUAUGCUGCAAGGCAAACUGGCGGACGUCGGAGCAAACUUUAAAGAAGUUCUCGAGGUUCGAACGAAGAACAUCCAAGCGUCGCGCUCCAGGACAGAGAACUUUGUUUCAUCGGUAUCCUCGAAAUCGCAGGCGGCCUUAGACACGCAACGGUCGGACUCUCCGCUGUACACCUCCGGCAGGAGGACUCCUCAACCGGGUGGCUCUUCCGACCUGUUGACUCUGGAGCCCUCGAAUCCGUCGCCCCUCGGACGGCCGUCUAUGCAUUCCGACCAGCAAUUGCUGGUGAUGGAAGAGGCGCAAACGAGUAACUCUUAUAUCCAAGCACGCGGUGAAGCAAUCGACGCGAUCGAACGUACAAUCAAUGAACUGGGCGGCAUCUUCGGCCAACUGGCGCAGAUGGUCAGCGAGCAGUCUGAGAUGAUCCAACGGAUAGAUGCCAACACUGAGGACGUUGUGGAUAACGUCCAAGGCGCACAGCGCGAACUAAUGAAAUACUGGACCCGAGUAUCUGGGAACCGAUGGCUGAUUGCUAAGAUGUUCGGAGUCCUAAUGGUGCGUGGCUCUCCCGUCCUCUUCCAAAUAUUCUCUGGUACUAACUUGUAG